AUGUUGACCUUUGUCCAGAAGUCACAUCUCCGAGUGCAUCAGAAAAUUCACACAGGAGAGAAACCUCAUGAAUGUAAUGACUGCGGCAAAGCCUUCAGCCAUAAGUCACAACUCAUAACCCAUCAGAGAAUUCACACAGGGGAGAAACCUUAUGAAUGUAAUGACUGUGGCAAAUCCUUUGGCUUGAGGUCAGCACUCAUGAAACAUCAGAGAAUUCACUCAGGAGAAAAACCUUAUGAAUGUAAUGACUGUGGAAAAACCUUCAGCCGUAAGUCACAUCUUGUAAUGCAUCAGAGAAUUCACACAGGAGAGAAACCUUAUGAAUGUAAUGCCUGUGGAAAAGCAUUUGGCCAGAAGUCACAUCUCAGAGUGCAUCAGAGAAUUCACACAGGGGAGAAAUUUUAUGAAUGUAAUAACUGUGGGAUAGCCUUUGGUUUGAAGUCAGACCUCAUCAAACAUCAGAAAAUUCACAUGGCAGAGAAACCUUAUGAAUGUAAUGACUGUAGAAAAGUCUUUAGCUAUAAGUCACAACUCAUAACCCAUCAGAGAAUUCACAAAGGAGAGAAACCUUAUAAAUGCAAUGCCUGUGGAAAAGCCUUUGGCCAGAAGUCACAUCUCAGAGUGCAUCAGAGAAUUCACAAAGGGGAGAAAACUUGUGAAUGUAAUGAAUGCGGCAAAGCCUUUGGCUUAAAGUCAGCACUCAUCAAACAUCAGAGAAUUCACACAGGGGAGAAACCUUAUAAAUGUAAUGACUGUGGCAAAGCCUUUGGCUCAAAGUCACAACUCAUAAACCAUCAGAGAAUUCACACAGGGGAGAAACCCUAUGAAUGUAAUGACUGUGGAAAAGCUUUUGGCCAGAAGUCAAAUCUCAUAACUCAUCAGAGAAUUCACACAGGAGAGAAACCUUAUAAAUGCAGUGACUGUGGAAAAGCCUUCAGCAGGAAGUCAGACCUCAUAACCCAUCAGAGAAUUCACACAGGAGAGAAACCUUAUAAAUGCAAUGACUGUGGAAAAGCCUUUUGCAGGAAGUCACAUCUUGUAAUCCAUCAGAAAAUUCACACAGGAGAGAAAUCUUAUGAAUGCAAUGACUGUGGAAAAGCCUUUGGCCAGAGGUCACAUCUCAUAAUUCAUCAAAGAAUUCACACAGGGGAGAAACCUUAUGAAUGUAGUGACUGUGGAAAAGCCUUCAGCCUUAAAUCACAUCUCAUGAUCCAUCAGAGAAUUCACACAGGGGAGAAACCUUAUGAAUGUAAAGACUGUAGAAAAGCCUUUGGACAAAAGUCACAUCUCAUGAUCCAUCAGAGAAUUCACACAGGGGAGAAACCUUAUGAAUGUAACGUCUGUGGAAAAGCCUUUGUCCAGAAGGCAGACCUUAUCAAACAUCAGAGAAUUCACACAGGGUAGAAUCCUUAUGAAUGUGAUGUCUGAAAAAGCCUUCAGAUAUAAGUCACAGAUCAUAAUCUAUCAGAGAAUUCACACAGGAGAGAUGCCUUAUGAAUGCAUUCCCUGUAGAAAAUUCUUUGUGAAAAUCCCACCUUGUCAGAAUUCACAUA